AAAAAAUAAAAUCCUUUCUUAAGUGGAUUAAAUCAUUCUUUAAAAUAGCCAAAUACAAAGCGAUUUGUAAUCUUACUAUCGACCAGUAGAGGGCACUACCCACAUGCAGUGCUAAAACUGGAGGCAGGAUCAAGGGCAUCAUGAACUCUGGUGGGAGUCUCCAGUAUGCUGGGCAUUUUGGAAAAAACAUCAUUUCAUUUAAUUUACCCCCAAACUCUGUAAGGUAGAGGAAACUGAGACCCAGAAAAGUUAAUUAAGUUUUCCAAAAUCACAUAACUCGAACUUUCUCCCAGGAUUGCCUUUCCAUCAUAUUUCAUUUUCUCCCUACGGGAUUAAAUACCCUGCUUCAAUUAUAUUUACCCUGGUUUGUCUGGGUGAUGGUUAUUAUCCUCUAGUAUUAUUGUCCCUUUCCAAGUUCAUGAUUUGGUCCCUUAACAGCGUUGCUAUGCACCCUUGGGAAAGUUACUUAAACUCUCUUUUUCUCCGUUUUCUUUCAUGUCUAGUGGGGAUAACAGUGGUAUCUUCUCCCGAGAGUCAUCGAGUGGAUGAAAUAAUAUAGAUGAGGAGGAUAAGCACCACGCCUGCACAUGGUCUAUGUUCAUAAGUGUUAACCGCUGCCAACUACGGCAACUAAUGGUCUCGCUGCCAUUAGUACUUAUUAUACAACAGUUACUCCUGUCGACUAGAAAGAAUGGUGAAGGGCAGACGCCCGACUCAUAGACAGAAGCAGCUGAAUCCUCUUCAGGUGCAAUUUAAAGGAUUCCUCUUAUGCUUUCUCUGCAAGUCAGAAACUACUCGAGUCAUUCUGGAGCCUAUUUCCCAACAUUUAUCUUUAAGUGGCAAAUACAUGAUAAAGAACCUCAGACUUUUGCAGGGCUGAUGGAAACUGGGUUCUGGGGCUCCGUAGUUCAUGUAGGAUGGACGUUCAUUCCCAUAUUAGAUAGGAUAUGUUCUGACUUGACUUAGAUUACAUUUUAUUAACUAACACCUACUUUUGCACAUAGUACCAUGCAAAGAGUAAUGUAGGCACUUAGAUCAACAAGGAACAUAUCUAAGGUUGAGAGUCUUUUGUUUUGUUGCCACCGGAAAUAGAACCUGAGUUUCACUGAAGCCUUCUUUUGUUGAUAGGUUCUACUUUGGAGCGUUGCUCUGAACACUCCAUGGAUGAAAAUAGUGAAAAUUCUCCAAUUUCAAUUGCUAAGCUUCUUAAGAAAUAAAACUUCACAAUCAGGUCUCCAUCUUCUCCAAGCAGUUCUGGGCACCACGGUGAUUCCUUCCUGCAUCCCGGGAGAAUCUGAAGAUAACUGCACAGCAUUAGUUCAGGUAGAAGACAACCCACGUAUGGCUCAAGUGUCAAUAACCAAGUGUGACUCCGACAUGAAUGGCUACUGUUUGCACGGACAGUGCAUCUACCUGGUGGACAUGGGUCAGAAUUACUGCAGGUGUGAAGUGGGGUACACUGGUGUCCGAUGCGAGCACUUCUUUUUAACCGUCCAAAAGCCCUUGAGCAAAGAAUAUGUGGUGCUGACCGUGAUUCUCGUUAUCUUGUUUCUUGUCAUAGUCGCCGGUUCCAUAUACUACUUCUGCAGAUGGUACAGAAAUCGGAAAAGUAAAGAACCCAAAAAAGAAUACGAAAGGGUGACGUCAAGGGAUCCAGCAUUGUCACAAGUCUGAAUGAGGCCGUUAAGCUAUGGACAGGAAGUCAUAGCAUAGCUAGUAAUGUUACUAUUCCUAUUUUAUUAAUAAUAUUUAUGUUGGAUCACAUGUUAAGUCUACAAUGAUACAUUUUUAAUAUACUUGUAUUUUUUUAUUUUUGUUUUAUUUUUGACAGACUAUUUGCUAAUAUAUAAUGUAUAAGAAAUAUAUAAUGUAGAAAAAAGUCAAUAUUUUUGUAAGAAAUAAUUUCCUGGGACUAAAUGCCUUAGCUCCAAAGCUAGUUGCUGGCUACACAAUGUCUCGGAGUGAAUGAUGUCUACCUUGUAGCUCAGGAAGUGUCACAGAUGACAGAUUUCUGUUAAGCCUAAAUAUAUGGUCAAAUCAACUCAAUAAGUGUAUUUUCUUACUCCUCCAAUUAACAAUUAUUGGUUUGACCGUAUUGUAGUUCGAUGUAUGACUUGGUGCAUGGUAUUAUGUAUUAAAACACUAAUGCAAUGGAAAUUGAGGAGAAGCCAGUCUAGAUCCUGGGCUAAAGGCUGCACACUGGGGACAACCUAAACUGGGAAGGACCGCAUCGUACCCCAUCCUCCACUGUGGCUGUGUUUAGUGCUCGGGAAGGCAGGUGGGCAGCUCCUUAUUCCACCUCACAGCUCCUGAGGACACGAGUCAUCCACCUCCAGUGUCUCCUUCAUUAAAUGAAUUGACAACUUCAUUUCAUACCAUCUUUCAUGUAAAUAGUAGGCAUUUUAUAGCUUUUCUUUUCAGUACAUUUAUGUGAUGUAACUUACUCACGAGACAAUUAAAAAAAAAAUCCACACUUGGAGCCCACAUUUGGGCUUCUUUUCAAGAGUACCUCUUUUCGUAGGGACUUUGACUAAGAAUCCUAAGAUUAAAUCAUAGUCCAAAGUUUGAGGGACUAAUCAUCAUUUUAAAGCACAAGACAAGAAUUCUAUCUAUUGUCCAAAGAUGGAAAUACAGUUAUUUCAUCUUCUAUGAAAGAGUUUUAACUUAAAACAAUGCAGUUAGGUAGCUCCUUCUACAACUUAAAAUUAUAUGUUUAAAAUAAUCUCCUGAUAUAGGAAAUGGAAGAAAUAGAUCACAGUGUAUUUUCCCAAAUGAACAAAUUCAUUUGAAAGCUUGUAAAAUUUAGAGACUUAACCUAAAUGCCUUCUUUUGGAGACUUGAGAUGAAACCAGGGCCCUGUCUUCUGUCUUUUGUUUAUUCUGGGGGGAAGAGACAAAGGUUUUUCUUGUGUUUGAGUGCAUGGUCUCGGUGAGUUAAAAAGGGUGCUUGGGGCAACCACAUAAGGAACCACACUUGCCAACAGCUCCCCAUCUCAGACUGAAUACCAGACCUGGGGUACAGUCUCUCAGCAUUACACACCUUCUUAGGGAGGGUCUAUCCUUUUCCCACCUUUUUUCCUGGCAGGUGCAAGGGCAACAAAGGGACAAUAAAUCAUGGCUGACUUCUGAAUUGCCAGGUGCCAGGAUUUGUCUCCAUAUGGAUCCCUUCAUUGGUACCCUGGUUUUUUUGUAUGACUCUUUCCCAAAGUAUUGUAUCUGGUCCCUUACCUUUAGGGGAAGAAUGUGUGUGUGUGUGUGUGUGUGUGUGUGUGUAAAAUAUACAUAUAUAAAAUACAUAUAAAAUAUACAGAUUCAUAUACAAAUACACAUGUACUCAUGAGCCCGAUCAUAGAACUAUAUUCAUUUGUAGCUCUUUCAAAAAUAUAUGAAACUUAAAAACAAGAUAAGAGAAAUAAAAUGAAAUUCAGUGAGAUCUAAAAGGAUAUUUCUGGCUCCCAUUUAAUCCAACUGAAGUCAAAUGUGCUGUGUAAGAACACAUUUUAUGUCCUACACAUCCUUACUGACACCUACUAGAUGUAAAUGGAGUCUGCCUAUUUUAAGUGAUCUUGAUGGUGUCAAAGCAAAUUGACUUACUGAGAAAUCAACAGCAAUUCACAUAUUUUAUUUACAAAAAGGGAGUUAUAUUGGUUUGUCUUAAACAUAUCAACUCAUAUUAUGUAUGUAACUAAUUGUAAAUAGUUUGCUGUGUUUCUAAUCUUAAGGAUGCUCAAGAAACUAGCCCCUGUAAAAUCUAAAUCUUCAUUUAUAAAUGGAUAUUAAAUAAUAAAGAGAUAUGACCUAGACUGUGUUCUAUGGGUGAAAAUAGGCCAGAAACAAUUGUUUUAAUGAGGAUAAUGCUGAGCACACCUAGCAGAUGGUUGCCGUCAGCUCACAUUUCCUACAAACAAUGGAAAGAGUUGGGUUCAUAUUUAUCUUCUUUAUUUUACAGAUUUCUAACUAUAUAUAUUUCUAGGAGAGGUUAUAUCCAUCCAAUGUACUGAGAACAAAUGCUGUCAGGGAUUGUCAAUUUUUAUAUUGGAAAUACACAUACUAGUUUCUAAUCUCUGUGGAAUUCAGUAAUCUUGUUUUGAAAAGCACAUGUCUGAUCCACAUUGUCAUUUUUGCUCCAGUGUCCACCUUGUGGACUUUGGAGGGAAAAAAUGUGUUUAACUUGUUGCCCAAUAUUUUCUGAUUUUUUUCUACUCUUACUCAUAUGGGAGAAAGGGAGUAACAACUUGCAAAGCAAUGUAAAUUUUUAAUGUUUUAGCGAAAAGUAAUUUUGUCUAAAACAUGUCUGUUAUCCAAACUGGAUGGCACUAGCUGUAACACAGUAUAUUUUCCUCUUUGCUGUUUUUGCACUCUGUAAUCGCACUUUUUAAGUUCAAGAGCCAUUUUGGUAUACAGUUUAUAUUGAAGAUGUUAUGGAACAUAAAGUUGUAUUGCAUACAGUUUAAACUAACUUAUUUGACAAUGGAUUUUAUCAGAGUACUGAAUUGUAUCAAUUUGUUUGUGUUCAAUAUCAACUUUGAUAAUUGUGUACCUUAAGAUAUUGAAGGAGAAUAUAGUACUUUACAAGAUGUUAAUGUUUAUUUAUUUUUGUUGGGAACUGGAAAAAAAACACAACUAAGGAAUAAAAAUGUAUUAUGUAUUGUGCAUUAAAGAGUUUCACAGGUAAA